ACAAAAAGUACCUUGAAACAACAAUUAACUUAAAUAAUAUUAGAUAUGGCCGUAUGGGUUAGAAAGCUUAUGCUUGUCUCAUGGAAAGAAAUUUAAAAAAUAUUAAUGUCACAUCAGGCGCGCGCAGCAAAAUACAAAAAUAUUGUGAAAAUAAUAUUUUUAUGUUGUGUAAAUAAUAGGGGUUUAAGAUUUAUGAAGUAAAAUAAGACGUACAAAUUGUGAGAUUUCAGCUACUUAACGGAAAAUAGUCUUAGGACUACUGGAAGGCUACACAGACAUAACCUAUAAAGAUGAAACUCAUAACACACAAUAUGCUUACCUCUAAAUGUUUAAAAGGCGUUAUGACUGGAUAUCCGCUCACAAUCAAUGCCUCCAAUGUAAAAGUAACAGACGUCGACUUCAAUCCAGAAUUUAUUACACGCAUCAUACCGAAAUUGGAUUGGGAAGUAGUAUGGGCGGCUGCAGACAGUAUCGGUCAUAGUGAGGGACUACCAAAGACGAUUGAACCUAAGUACGAGGAAAAUGAAGACUUUCUAAAGAAAGCUCACAAAGUCUUGCUGGAGGUGGAAGUAGAGGAAGGCUACCUCACAUGUCCAGAGUCAGGUCGACAGUUUCCUAUAACUAAGGGUAUUCCAAAUAUGUUAUUGACAGAAGCUGAAGUACAAUAAAAUAGUUAUAAAGAA